UAAUGCAUUUUAAUAUUUUUUUUAAUUAUGUUAUGUAUUUUAGUCUGAGGAAAUUAAAAGUGUUGCUACACUACUUGGUUAAGUAAACGUGUGUUUUUAUGUAAUUGGAGACGAAGGACCCUUUAACAAGGAACAGGACUUUUAUUUUGAAGGCGUGACUGCAGCUGUGAAUGUAAACACUGCUGGGCUACAGUCAGGCUUGAGCCAUGUCUGUGUGUUCAGUCCUACUGAACCGCCGUGCAGCUGGUGGCUGCUGCAGGGUUUGGUGCGGUGUUCCCCGACAGCUCGUCCACAUCAGAUCGGCCAGCGCAGCCGAGGCGGGCACGAGAAGAUCUGAUGAAGAACAGCUGUGGGAGGCAGCGGUGGGCUACCUGCCGUUCUCCAGAGCCAAGAUAGGAGCUUUCUUUCAGGAAAGGCCAGUGCUGAAGAACCCAUUUCUAGAGGAUGCCUUGCUCAGAGGGUACCUGAAGAGACACAUGCCCGAGAAGGCAGCUUUCUCAGACCUGCGUGCGUUUGGAGAGCGCGUGGCCAACGAGGUGGACGGGUGGGGCAGAGAGUGUGAGGUGACCGCUCCUCGGUUGGUGCACUUUGACCCCUGGGGCCGUAGAGUGGACCACAUUGUGACCUCACCGGCCUGGAAGCGCAUGAAAGAUCUGUCAGCACAGGAAGGACUGGUGGCCAUUGGCUAUGAGAGGACGUUCGGGGAGUGGAGUCGCGUCUACCAAAUGAGCAAGUUGUACAUCUUCUCUCCCUCCUCUGGUCUCUACACGUGUCCUCUGGCCAUGACAGACGGAGCUGCUAAAGUUAUCCAGUCUAUAGGUGUUUCCUGGCCAGUGGACGAAGCCUACGGGCGUUUGACGACCCGUCAGCCUGAACGUUUCUGGACGUCUGGACAGUGGAUGACAGAAAGACAGGGAGGAUCUGAUGUGGCUAGUGGCACAGAGACGGUGGCUGUUCCUCAGACUGAUGGUUCAUACAAACUACACGGCUUUAAGUGGUUCACCUCUGCUACCGACGCAGACAUGACUCUCACACUGGCCAGAGUGCAGGACAGAACAGGAGCAACAAUGCCAGGGAGCAGGGGUCUGUCUUUGUUUUACGCAGAGGUGAGCAGAGAUGAGGAUGGCCGGCUGAAGGGGAUAGAGGUUCAGAGACUGAAGGACAAGCUCGGGACGAGACAGAUGCCCACUGCUGAGUUACUGCUGGACGGCCUGCCGGCACACAGACUCUCAGAGGAAGGCAGAGGUGUGGCCUCCAUCGCUAACAUGCUGACUAUAACCCGGAUCCACAACAGCGUCUCUGCAGCGGCUGCAAUGAGAAGGGUGGUUCAGUUAGCUCGUGACUACGCCACCCGCCGCACUGCCUUUGGAAAGCUUCUUAAAGACCAUCCGCUGCACGUACAGACUCUGGCCAGGAUGGAGGUGGAGACUCGUGGAGCGUUUCUGCUGGUGAUGGAUGUGUGUCGUCUGUUGGGCCGGGAGGAGAGCGGCAUUGCAACCCAGCUUGAUGCUCACCUGCUACGUUUGCUCACUCCUGUGGUCAAACUGUACACAGCGAAGCAGGCGGUGGCUGUGGUGUCGGAGGGUCUGGAAAGCUUCGGCGGACAGGGCUACAUCGAGGACACCGGGCUGCCUGGACUUCUUCGUGAUGCACAGGUGUUGAGUAUUUGGGAAGGCACCACAAAUGUUCUGUCUCUGGAUGUGCUGCGCUGUGUGGCUCGCAGCUCAGGAAUGGUUCUUCAUGCUUACUUCUCUCAUGUCAAGUCCCUGCUUGCAGGUGCAUCGGAUGUUUCCUCACUGGCCCCAGCAGUGAAAGCAGUGGACGGAGCUCUCUCUGAAUUGGAGGUUUUUGUUCGGGGAGCAGCUACCAAAGCACCCGGCUACAUGGAGCUUGCAGCCAGAGACCUUGCAUACAGCCUGGCUCGUAUCUACACAGGUGCUCUUCUCAUUGACCACGCUUGUUGGAAAGGAGCCUCUCCGUCUGACAGCUAUGCAGCUCUCAGGUGGUGUGAAAACGACUUGUGUCCUGUGGCGACUAAACAGGUGAGAGGCUGCUUUGAUUCUGGCACGCCACCGCUGGAUGCUGCGCUGGUGUUCGACCGGCCGACCCAAGACUGAAAGUUUCAGGUUGAAUCUGUCACCUGAUCUGCCUUUAACGUGCCUGGCUUUAAUUCUGUGAAAGAUCUCAUUGCUGCUUCACUUUUAGUUUUUACUUUGUAGAUAACUGAGAUUCUGUUUUAUAGAAAAAAUAAUAAUUAAAACCCACUUCUGUAUAAGAGCAUCAAUGAAACUGAAAAUGGAUUUUCUAAUAUUAUGUAUUCCUGUCUUUGUGUAGCAUUUAUGUGCAUUUAUAUUUUUGCUAUGUACCUCUGUUUGUAAAUCAUCUGCAAUAAAUAUGUAACUAUAGAUGCACAA